CGCGCCGCCUCGGUACCAGUCGCAGUGGGAGACGCAGCCUGAUCGCAUCUCUUAAGACGCGCGGCUUAACCAACGCUACGGGAAAAAUAGUUUCGUGAUUAAUUGUUUGCAUUCCUCGGACCUUUUUCUGGAGAUAAGCUGAGAGUUUAAAGAAGCGGCGUUUAUCACACAGGUCUCAGGCGACGGCACAUCCCUUUCUGUCUAUCAUCUGAGAGGGGGGUCUUCAUUAGCCCUUUGAAGUUGGAUCAUCAGAGGUGUGAAUGCUCAGUCACGACAAGUGACUAUCUUCCUCAAGAGUCCUCACCAUCUGGUGAAAGCAGUCGUUGGGAAGCCCUCCAUCUGGAAAUAAAUACCAAAGGAUACCCUACCCUAUAUCCUCACAAGCCCCAAAGAAGAGACUCUUCUCAACUUUGACCCACCAGAGAACUAUGGGGAACCAGUUGACCGAGAUUGCCCCCAACACCCCCUUCCUGCCCAGCUUCCAGUCCCUACACGUGGUGGUGAUCGGCCUGGACUCGGCCGGCAAGACCUCCCUGCUCUACCGGCUCAAGCUGAGGGAGUUUGUGGAGACCAUCCCCACCAAGGGCUUCAACAUGGAGCGCAUCAAGGUGUCCAUGGGCAACUCCAAGGCGGGCGGCACCACCUUCCAGGUUUGGGACGUGGGCGGGCAGGAGAAGCUGCGGCCGCUGUGGAAGUCGUACACGCGGCGCACCGACGGCCUGGUGUUCGUGGUGGACGCGGCCGAGCCGGAGCGGCUGGAGGAGGCCAAGGUGGAGCUCCACCGGAUCAGCCGCUCCCCGGAGAACCAGGGGGUGCCCGUGCUGGUGCUGGCCAACAAGCAGGACCGCGACGGAGCCCUGUCGGCCCUGGAGGUGGAGAAGGCCCUGUCCAUCCAUGAGCUGAGCUCGUCCACGCUGCACCACACCCAGGGCUGCUCUGCGCUGGACGGCCAGGGGCUGCAGCCCGGCCUGGAGAAGCUCUACGAGAUGGUCCUCAAGAGGAAGAAGAUGCUCCGCCACAGCAGCAAGAAGAAGAGAUGAGCCGGACAUCAGGACCGCCAUGAGAGAAGCGGCCUCGAGAAUAGAGAAGAUGUAUUUUUUUUGGUUAUUUUCGGUCCAUUGGAGGGUUGACUUGUCGCGCACACAGGGUGAAAGGGUGCGCUUUGUCCUUGGAAGGACAAUCUAAAAUGCAGACGAAGACUGAAGGAAUACGGACAGAUGCAGGUUAGUAACACAACUUGUGGACGAUGUGUUGAGUUUCUUUUUUGGGGGCGUGUCCUAAGCCCUCCAUACAGCAGCUCGCUGCUGACCCACAAUCCCUCUCUUCCAUCACACUUGAGUAGAAGUACUUCUCCUGGAAAACCACGUUGUCGUCACGUCACGCUUUCUUCUAAGAGCAAACAAGGAAACGGUGCUGCGCAUGGAACUAAAGACAAGCUGACCGAUCAGUGCAAUAUACGUUCCGAACGCAACCAAACGCGACACUCUUGACUCACUCUUUUACCUUGGUGGAUGUGCACAAAUGGAACACCCUCCCCCUUUGACUCACACAGCCUCCUGUUAGGACUUAAGACUCACCGAACCUGUCGUGUCAGUGCAAUGCUAGACCAGCCCUAUAGCACACGUUUUCCUACCACUCCUUUUGAUAGAAGACUUCUUUCACUUAAGUGUACCACGUUCCUUACAGUUCACCAAGUCGCAUGUGUGACCAUAGCUCUUUUGUUGACCAAAAGACUAUAGAUAUACUGGUUGUUAUGUUUUUCAUUUUUUUGUACCUUAUCCUGAGCCUAAAAGAGGUGUUAAUAGUGUUAAGCUUUAAGACGACGGUGGAGUUGUGCCAUCCGACUCUUCACAGCGUCACGGUGUCUUUCAUGGUGUCCGGCGAGUGGACGGACACAAUGGCGUCUAAUGUGGGACAAACAAGCCCUGAAGCAGCUUGCCUUUAUCACGUAUAGGUUUAAGUUUCCUUUUCAGUUUCCCGCCACUGUUGUCGUGUUCACGGUUCAAUGUUUUGCACGGCUGGAUAUCUGGUUGGCUGGUUUGCCCAGCGAAGUUGUAACCACAAAACGUUUCUUUUACAUAUUGUACAUAUGUUUUUGUAAUACUUAUGUAAAAUGAAUAAAUUAUUGAACAAUAUGC